GACUCGCCACAAGCCGCUAUUCCUCACCAUCUCCGGACGACAGGGAGCACGGAGGAUGGCGGCUGCGGCCAGACUCGCCUUGCUGCUGCUGGGCUGCGCGGGGCUCCUGCGGCCGCUCGACGGCCGGUACAUCGGCUACUGCCCCGACGGCUGGUCCUACUUCUACCUCAGCUGCUUCAAAUACUUCUCCGAGCCCCUGAGCUGGGACGAGGCUGAGAGGCGGUGCCAGGACGUGCAGAAAGGCGCCCACCUGGCGUGGGUGGAGAACGCCCACGAGGCAGCCACGCUGCGCAGAACCAUCUCCUACCACCAGCGUGCGCAGCCCGUCUGGAUCGGGCUGCAAAAGAGCAGACAGAGCCAGGCCUGGCAGUGGACAAAUGGGGAGGACUACAGUACCACCGGCGAGGUGCCUGGGAACGGUGCCCGCGGGGGGAGCUGCGCCGCGCUGACCCAUGACAGCGACUUCUCCGUGUGGUCCAGCGCCGACUGCUCCCAGAAGCAUCACUACAUCUGCAAGUUCUACCCCUUGCGAUGAGCGCAGCCCAGGACCCCGCGCCGGCGGCGCUCCUCCCGUGCCACCCCCGUGUCUCCCCCUAAAACUCCUAUAAAUACAUCUUAUAAAAAAAGAAGCAUGCAAGUGCUGUGUGAGCCUGGUGCUGGUGCUGGUCCUAGGCUGCUCCGUGAGAGAGAGACGGGCUCUGCCCCGGCUCCCCGAGCUCCCCGGGCUUCCAGAGGCUUGUGCGGGCAGAGCUGCUCCGGGAUGAGCCCCCAGGAGCUGCGGGGCCGUCGCUCUCCUGGCUGAGCACUCGGGUUUGCUCGUACCAGCCCUCGGGUGCCAAACACCGCGGGCGUCCCUGGGGAGCAGCUGGGGACACAGGAGUGUCCCCAGAGUGCAGACACAGAGACCUGGGACACAGACAUGGAUGGGGACUGGAGCUGUGGUGGCUGUGCAAGCAUGCUGGUCCCCCAGGUGCAGAGAGCUCCACAGGGCUCCGGGGCCUGCACCACGGCCCCAUGGCCAUGUUGACAGCAGCACCGGGACCAAAGGUCCCUUUUGUGCCACUGUUAUCUUGCCACGGGUUUCACGUGGCUGUUUGCUCUGCUGCUUUGAAGAUGGCUCUGCCCCCACCCUGCUCAUGGGGUUUUUGCCCCCCCAGAGCUGCGGCACGUGUCAGGCGUGGAUGGU